UUCUGGAUUCUGGGAGCGCUAAGGGUGGGAACCUCGGAAUAAAAUCCAUUCAAUGUCUCACACGCUCCGCUCGCAUAUUCUGCUACAGGCAUAACCUUCGCAAGGAUCAGAACCCCGUCCUUGUCUCGGAGUUUUCCCUGCGUAUGCGAGCACACGUUACUCUGCACAGAGUCAUACACCCCGAUCGUUUUGCUUCCGACACACCGCGUUCUACCAUCAAUGCAAUGGCAUCUAAGAGGCAACGCCACGACACUGCAGAUGCUUACACAAAGAUUCCUACUCCUGAUACACCAGAUGCCGCUAUGGCCAUUGUACGCGGUCUCGUUGAAAAGUUCGGUCUUGAUGUUUCAAAAGAGGACGACUCAGAUCAUGGUGCGAGAGUCAGCUUUUCCAAAACCACAUAUGAGCAAGUCGCUCCUUGCGUCGGACUUGGAUCUUUCGGAAUGUUGGAAGACAUUGGAACCUUUGAAAUCCACCGUUGUCGCAUUCCCCUAAAGCUUUUCAAGUCGAUUGUGAUGGACAUGGAUAUCAUGUUAAUCCAAUAUGGCCCCCCUUUUGAUCAUGAGACGGUAGAGACGAGAUCGAGGUUCUUCUCUCCGGUUUUCAACCACCUCGUUAAGCAGUUCACCUUCAUGCUGAGGAAUCACCCAGAGAUAAUUGCUGGUGACAUUGCUACGCAGGAUCGCAUCGGGCACUUCUUCAAAAUUUUUGGUGCUGUUGCGGUUCUUUUGAUCGAGAUGAAGCGCCUUGUGGGUAGUAGCGAGGAACGUCUGAAGGGUAUUGCUCAGGUCAUAGCCAAAAGUGAUGGCUGCGACCUCAACAACUACACUCAUGGUUUUUCUCUACCUAUCUACUGCAUUUUCUCCGAUGGCUGGUCCUUCGAAUUUUUCAAGUUCGAAAGAACACCAACUCCAACUUUUCUACGUGGCUGCUUUCGAGGGGACCCGAAACCCCUCCGGCGUGGCCUGCCGCUAUCCGACAAUAGAACCAUGGAAACUCCUCUCCCUUGGAUUCUCCAGCUUCGUUGUGUAUGCGAAACAAUCUUUGAUGUGAUGCUGAGCGGGUAUAUCGCAGGCUUGAAGGCAUGUUACAAUCAAUUGAAACACAAGGGGAAGGAGGAUUCAAAGAGUUUUGAUGAAUGGGAUCGGGCCCUUCGAUUGGCUGAACGUGCACAGGCAACGUUUAGGGAGGCUGAGGUCCUGUGCGAAGAUGGUAAUAUUGUGUCUGCGGAUGUGAUCGCUGAUGAAGCUCUUCUUGCGCUACAGGAGAGUACAGGAACAGUGCCGACUAUUUACGAGUCGGAACUCUUCAUGACGGGCUGGGACGAUGCUGAGGUUAACAGAGCAUCCCUGCAUUGUUUUUGGUGUUGAACUUUGCUGAUAUCUUGUAUGCCAUUCAGAGUGCUAUGCCUAUUAUUUAUGUUUUAUGUCUUUCCUCAUGUACCAUUGGAACCUUUUCCUCUCUAUUGUGUCCAUUAACUCAGUGUAUCAUACUUGGUAAUGACAUUAUUACUGUGUUUUGAGGCAGAAUAUCUGAGCCUCAAUAUCCAGC